AUGGUGUCGAGAAAGCUACCUUCAGAGUUAGAGGAAGAGAUACUCACUAGGGUUCCACUUCCAUCUAUCUCUCGCUUCAGAGCCGUUUGCAAACAAUGGAACGCUCUUUUCAACGAUCAGAUAUUCGCUAACAACCACUUAGCAUGCGCUCGCUCACGCUCAGAAGAAUUCAUGUUAAUGACCGAUUCCAAGCUUUACUCGGUAAGCUUCAAUCUCAAUGACAAAGAUCCAAACAUAAAAGUUCGUAAGUUGCCCUCGUUUGAUAUUUCUGGUUUAGUCCGGGCUAAAUGCGAUGGGAUCUUCUCCACAGAUAAAAAUGUUACAACAACUGCGGUUUGGAACCCGUGGUUGAAACAGACUAGUUUUCAAGGGAGAUCGGUUUUCGUUGCUAGACCAAUGCAUAAUAACAAGAAAAUUGAGAUUUGGUUAACCAAGAAGAAAAUAGCUAAUGGAGACGAUGUGGAGUGGAUUAAGUUAUUGAGUGUCCCAAUACCUAACUUACCCAUGUUAUCCCAAGAUUACAAUUCAAGGUACUUUAUUGAUGAUAAUAUCUAUGGAAAGAUCUUUGUCACGUGUUGUAACGACGAAACUGAACAGCAAUGUGUGUAUAUUGUGAGGGGAGGUAUCUGCAGAAAGAUUAUAUUAGAUGAUGUGAUUGGUGAGGUACGACACUGCUCUCUUUAUGUUCCCAGUUUGAUGUUUCCCAGUCCUUAA